AUGCCAAUUGCCCCGCUAGCCGGCGACCUGGAGAUGUACUACGACGACGAUAACUACACCGAUCCCUGGCGGGAGCCGGCGUCGGUCGAGACCAUCGUGCUGCAUCACGGCAACGCCAAGAAUGCCCGGCUGUGGUACGCGUGGCCGCCGCUGCUGGCCCGGCAGUACCGGGUGAUCCGGGUGGACGCGCGAGGCUUCGGCCGUUCAACGGUGCCGGAACCCGGUUACGAUUGGUCCCUGGAGGGCUUCGCCGGAGACCUGCGGAACCUGCUCGACUACCUGGAACUGGACAAGGUGCACCUGAUCGGAGAGACCAUCGGCGGCACCAUCGCUCUGCAAUUCGCCUACCAGUUUCCGGAACGGCUGCACACGGUGACGACGUGCACGUCGCCCUACAACUUCACGGGCGUUGACACGUACCAGAAUUACCAUCGGCUGGUGGAGGAAGAGGGUGUGGAAGGCUGGGCGCGGGCUACCGGAGGACGCCGGGUCAGCGCGACCGCGGCUCCCGGGCAUCACGAGUGGUACAUCCAGCAGAUGGGCCAGACGUCCCGCCACGUGGUCCUGGAGACGCUGGCGUACCUGGGCACGCAGAACCUGACGGAGAAACUGGCGUCAAUCCAUACGCCGGCGAUGGCGAUGGUCGGCGAACUGAGCGAGGGCGACAUCCCCGACCGCGCGCAAGGGCAGGCCGACCGGAUGCCCAACUGCACCCUGGCGCGGGUCCCGGGAGCCGGGGGUUAUGUGCAGCACUCCGCGCCAGAAAAGUGCGUGGAAGCCUGGAUGGAGUUUGUUGGGACGGUGCACCAGGCCGGCUGA